AGACACAAGUUAUCAGGGAGGCAGGCGAAGGGGCAGUUCAUCUUCUUACAUCUUUUCCUCGUCUACAAUCCCCUCUACCCGUCCUGUAUGGUGGAUAUUAUUUUCAGCUCUUCUUUCUUGGGUGAUAUGGGGGAUCAUUCCAAAAAGAAGCCAGGAUUCGCGAUGUGUGUAGGAUGUGGAAGUCAGAUCCAUGACCAGUACAUACUGAGAGUCUCUCCCGAUCUGGAGUGGCACGCAGCCUGUCUAAAGUGUGCGGAGUGCAGCCAGUACUUGGAUGAGACCUGUACUUGUUUCGUCCGGGACGGCAAAACCUACUGCAAAAGAGAUUAUGUAAGGCUGUUUGGAAUUAAAUGCGCAAAAUGCAACCUGGGGUUCAGCAGCAGCGAUUUGGUGAUGAGAGCUCGGGAUAACGUGUACCACAUCGAGUGUUUUCGGUGCUCCGUGUGCAGCAGGCAAUUGCUGCCGGGAGACGAGUUUUCUCUCCGGGAAGAGGAGCUGCUGUGCCGGGCAGACCACAGCCUGCUGCUGGAGAGGAGCUCCACAGGAAGCCCCGUCAGUCCCGGACACAUCCACUCCAACAGACCGCUGCACCUGGCAGCAGAUCCUGUAACGGUGCGGCAGGCUCCGCAUCGGAACCACGUCCACAAGCAGUCGGAGAAGACAACGCGGGUCAGGACGGUGCUGAACGAGAAACAGCUCCACACGUUGCGGACCUGCUACAACGCCAACCCGAGGCCGGACGCGCUGAUGAAGGAGCAGCUGGUGGAAAUGACUGGCCUGAGCCCAAGGGUGAUCCGGGUCUGGUUCCAGAACAAGCGCUGCAAAGACAAAAAGAAAUCUAUCCUCAUGAAGCAGCUCCAGCAGCAGCAGCAGAGCGAUAAGACUGUAAGCAUCUUCAGCCUGCAGGGCCUCACGGGGACGCCACUUGUGGCUGGGAGUCCAAUUCGACACGAGGGGAACGUGCAGGGAAACCCAGUGGAGGUUCAGACCUACCAGCCUCCGUGGAAAGCUUUGAGUGAAUUCGCCCUGCAGAGCGACCUGGAUCAGCCGGCUUUUCAACAACUGGUGUCUUUCUCUGAAUCGGGAUCUCUCGGGAACUCCUCGGGCAGCGACGUGACUUCUUUGUCUUCUCAGUUACCGGACACCCCGAACAGUAUGGUACCCAGCCCGGUGGAGACGUGAAACGGGGCCAUCCAGACCUAAUGGUCAUCCCUCCUGCAAGGACAGUUGCAGCAUGAUCCCGGUCCCUUGCAUGUGACCAACUCAUCACAUCGCCCGAAUUUUCAGUGGAGAAAGCAUUUUUUUCCUGACACGCAGAAGUCGGAACCAAGAGAGCACCAUUUGACUCCGACUUUUCUUUUUCUUUCUUUUUUUCCGGAGUUUUCAUUGACAAAAAACUGAGCAGAACAAUUGUUGCAUGACUUGAUACGGAGAACGAAGAUGUACAGAAUACCUCCCGAUGGAUAUAUUACAACAAACCAACCGUCAGAAACAAAUUGGAAACAUUUCCACGGUGAUCCAGAUGGACAUCUUGCAAUUUAAUGUGAUCAUAAUGUGUCUUGUUUUUUUUCAACAUGAGAAUUUUUGAUACAUUCAUUUCGUUGUCGAGUCCAGUUGACGUUUUGUCUUAAGGUCAGAGCAUGAUAAUCUGCAAAGUAUUCGUGUUGUAAAAUAUUUUAUCUUAAGGGCAAGAAACAGGUUGUUUGAGCUUCUCGAACAAAAAGUAAAUUAUUGUUAUAUUAUUUAUUGUUAGGAAAGCGAUUCGCUAAGGGAUUAUUAACUGAGAAAAAAAUAAAAACACUGAAUACAUAAAGUGUCUUCGUGACCAGUCAUUGUACAGGCGCAUUAUUAUUUCACAUGUGCAUUUAUAAAGCAAUGCAAUUUAAUAUAUUUUAAAAAACGCUUUAAAAUUAGUAACUACUGCCCAUCUGCCACUUUAUGGACCUAAUUAAGAUUUUCAGGCGCUUUUAUUGUGAUAAAAGUAAAUUCAGUCCAGUCCCAAAUACAGGGAACAGAUUUUCACUCUUCCUGACAGCGUGUAAUUUCUGAUUAAAAAAACACAGCAACAAAUUACCUACAAAUUUCAUUCUAGGGCGUGUUUCGUAUUUUAAAAGCAUUAAUUUCUGCUACGCUGAAUAUGUUGUUUGUCCUGUUCAACCUAAGUGAAGCUGGCUCUGUGGUCUUAUCACCCCCCUCCAUCUUGCGGUGUAUUCCCCUUCGGUUAUAUGGCAGGAAUCGGCCAGUGGUCAUUUACUAUCUCGGGGGCAAAAAUCUGCUGUAAAUUCUGCUCAGUCCAGUUACUCUAGUUGAGUCACAAGCCGGUCUAGACAGCGCGCAGGGAUCGGCGACCUCUUAUCUAGUCCUGGCAUCACCUGCAAACGAUACACUGACUGAAGCCACAACAAACUAAACACCCCCCACCUUUGACACACUCAAACCCUCAGCAAAGCCCCUCGUAACCGAGGGGAACUGAGAGCAGCUCGUAAAGGGUCACUUCUCCUCUUCGGUUUAUUUUCCUUUACUAAAUUGCGUUAUUGCACUCGGGUCAGCCGAGAUGACAGCUCAGACUAAAUGGACUGGCAUAUCUUGCACUGUGUAACAAACCACACACAAACCAAAGUCAUCAUUUAUGUGAAAUCUGUGGAUAAAGCAUUUUAAGAUGUACGUAGGAAUUUACUCACUUUAAUUUUUUUUUGUUAGGUAUUUAGUCUAUUACAUUUGCUCUAAAGAAUUUCUCACUCCAUGCACUUUUGGUUCUGUGGAAUCUAAAACAAAAGGGAAGAUACAAGAGUGAAAAGCGUCUUCAGUGCCAACAACAGACUUAAUGGUUUCGGAUAAUUCUCUUAAUCGAUUUCUAUCGGAAAUAACUAGAAACAUUUUUGAGCAUCGUUUCCUUUCUUUUAGACUCAAUAUAGUGAUUUAUUUUUCGUAUUUACACCGGGCGCCUUUUCACCAAAACAAAUGUUUGCAGUUUUUGUUUUUCGUGCUCUGUCAGUGUCUUAAUUGUGAAGCUGAAUGACAAAGGGCAGAUAAUAGAUUUGUAAUCGAGCUAUUUCAAAUAAGAUAGGCAAACAAUGCGAGCUGAUUAAGAUAACAUAGAUAAGCGAGGAAUAACAAUGGCGUUUACAGGCAAGAAUGCGAGGCCUAUUAACUCUCCCUCCCAGAAAAUCAUUAAGGGACGUUUUCCUAUAAUGUAUGGACGCUGUUGCAAUUUCUAUUAUUAUUUUAAAACAAUAAUAAUAAAAAAAUAAUAAAAUCAAAUCGAGCCACAUUUGUUAAAAUAACACAAGCUCAGGCUUUAUUUGUGGAGUUACAUCAUCGAUUCUGCUUAAAGUGAAAAAUAAUUCCUUUUUUGCUUAGAUGCUCUUCAAGUCUGUUUUAAAAUCCGGACAUGCUUCAAAUGUAACUGAAAAAGAGAGAACUUUCACUGAAUUAGAAAAGGGCGAACUCUUCAAUAACCUUUAAACGCGCAAUUACACUCGACAAAAAUCAUUUGACUCAGGCGUUCGGGUGUGAAGUUCAUUUUCCAUCUUGUGUUUUCAGUUCUUAUGCGAUCCCGCGCUGCCAAUACAGAUCAGAGAUCAGACCCUCUGACAUCUAUACAAUGAGCUUAAGUAGCCCAGCUGCUGGGAGUACGAUCUUCUAUCACGUCCAUCAGUGGGCGUUUCCUCCCAGUGUGUUAAAUAAGAACCAAAAUAAACACCGCUGAUCCCUGCUCAGUAGACGCACUAAUACACACGCACCUAAGGCUACUUUGUCUGCAGCUCUCACUCUUUUCCAUACAGACUUAAUUUUAAUGGAGACAUUGUAGGCUUUGUUGUAUCCCGGUUCGUUGCAUUAAAGCUAUGACAGAUACCCUGUUAAAUCUAUACCUCCCAACUUUGACCCAGAACCACCGACACCCGAUUAACUUCUAGCAGAGCUGAUAACGAGUCUGCGCGUGUCAUGUUGCCACAGUGCAACUAGAUGCUGUUGGAGGGAGUGACACGAUGUCAUUAAUGAUUAAGAGGAGGAGUCCAUUUAAAGGUGUGAUGUAAUUCUCUAAUUGGUGGAGGGGUGGGCGUAAUUAGAUCAGGAGGGAAGUAGCAGUGCCGCCCUCCUCAAGACGCAUCUUUCACGAGUGGAUCACUUAUUUAUUUAUUUGAUUUUUUUUCGACAAGUUUUUGUUCUGUUUUCUAGAGAAAAACAAGAAAUGCACAAUGAAAUAACAAUGCCUCGUUUUGGAUUUCCACAUCCGUUUUUGCAUUCGUUUCUCCCC